UCACACAACCACCACAAAACCAACUUAUCCACCUUCAAAUUCUCUCAACUCCAUCACAAUGCACUACUCCAAGAUCGCUGCUCUGGCCCUCGUCGCCACCGCCAACGCCGCUCACCAGAAGCGCGACAUCACCACCACCGUCUGCUCGACCGUGACGCUCACCACCCCCAUCGGCCAGAGCACCGCGCCCGCUCCUCCCACUCAUGCCAACCCCCAGCCCACCCAUGAGGCCCCGGCUCCCCCGGCUCAGCAGCCUAGCGCUCCUGCUCCUCCUGCUCAGCAGCCCAGCGCUCCCGCUCCCCCGGCUCAGCAGCCCAGCGCUCCCGCUCCCCCGGCUCAGCAGCCUAGCGCUCCCGCUCCCCCUGCCAAGCAGCCUAGCGCCCCCCCUGCCCAGCAGCCCAGCGCCCCUCCUGCCCAGCAGCCCAGCGCCCCGGUCCAGAAGCCGGUUGCCAGCUCUCCUGUCGCCUCGUCCAAGGAGAGCACCACCUCGUCCCACGCCACCAGCACCAGCGCCAAGGAGAGCGAGACCCAGGAGACCGAGAAGCCGGCCAAGCCCACCUCCCACGUCACUCCCUCCAACCCUGGCUCUAAGCUCGCUGUUCCCGGCAUGGGCGCCAUUGGCACCCUCGCCCUGGGCCUGUUCAUCCUGGCUUAGAUUCUGACAUGGCCUCUCUCUCUCUCUUUACUCGAAUAAAGAGGAAUGGCCCGGGAUGAUCUACAUCUCAUAUCUCACAAUAGUACUUACUGUACACGGGAAA